GACAUUCCUUAAAUUCUGCACAAAGAUCUGCCCUACAAACAGCUAAUCAACAGUCUACUGGUUAUUUUAUAACACAGGACUCUUCCUUUGGAAAUUUAAUUUUACCAGUGUUACCAAGAUUUGAUCUCAAGUAGGAAAAAUGUUUCCAUGCAUGAAACUUAAGUAUUUGGAGGAACGUUUACAAUGUCUAUCUGAAUUUGAAAGGCCCAAAGUUUCACUGGAACAAUAUGUGACCCCAUCCCAUCUUGGUUCUCAUAUUUUAUACACCAUACAAUCACAAUAUGGAGAUAUAGAAGGAAAAAUUGUGGCAGAUUUAGGAAGUGGUUGUGGUGCAUUGACAAUAGGUGCAUCUGUUUUAGAAGCAGCACAGGUAGUUGGUUUUGAAAUAGAUGCAGAUGCUAUAGAUAUUUGCUUAGAGAAUAUUGAGGACCAUGAACUUACAAAUAUUGAUAUUGUUCAGUGUGACAUUCUGAAACAUUCAUCAGACAGUAGGUUGAAUAAGCUUUUUGACACAGUAAUUAUGAAUCCACCCUUUGGUACCAAAAAUGCUGGUGUGGAUAUGAAGUUCCUAGAAAGUGCAUUUCAACUGUCAAAUAAUGUUGUUUACUCUUUACAUAAAACAUCAACAAGGUCUCAUGUCUUGAAAUGUGUAGAGUCAUUAGGGGGCAAGGGUGAAGUACUUGCAGAGUUAAGGUAUGAUUUACCUUCAACAUACAAAUUUCAUAAAAAAAAAUCUGUAGACAUUGAGGUAGACUUUUACAGGUUUCAAGUAAAUCAUUAAAAUCUGUACAAAAGCAAAUUUCAAAAAUUAAAUUUUAUAUUCUUUUCAUAAAGUUUUUAGUUUCCUAAAUUCCUAUUUUAUUUGAAGUCAUUUUUUUAAUUGUUGAGUGUUUAUAUAAGUCAAAUAAAAAUAAAUAAGGGAUAAAUAA